GAAUGCAUCGGAAGAUAGAAGUGCGAGUACUUAUGAUACUUUGAUUUAUUAGGUUCGAUUUAUCAUACUAUAAACCUCGAGGUGACUUAUUUUGGUAUCCAUCGUAAUAUAUAUAGAAGCACGUAGAAAAUAAUAUAAAAUAUCCUACUACCGUGUAGUGGAUACAUGUUACGCCGUUAGUAUCAUUACGCACCGUCUGCCUAACCUGAACUUUUUGUUGACGGCUGCCGUAAUUCUGAUCUUGAGUUGCACCGCCACAUUCCAACCCCACAAUCCUAAAUCACGUGCUCUAGGUCACUCUUAUUCUCUUCCCCUCAGCGUACAGAAAUUUCAUCGCCUGCAGCAUCCCUUCUAUAACCUCACAACUCCUAGUAGACUACACCUCAACGCGCAUUUUCCUUCCCUACAGUUCAUGGGAAAUACUUGCUUGGCUACCGCUGCGGUGAAAGAACUUCUAUCCCCCUUUAUAGAGUCGUGCUGACUAGUGCUAUUGAUAAGCCCCCUGUUUUCUUGAUUGAUAGUCUCCCACCACCACCGCGACAAUCCGAUGACGGACGCGGAGUCAUUUUACGAUAAACUUUUGGCCUCACUUGCGAUCCCCGGACUUGACCUCGGCCCACGAAAUGAACCGGAAGAAAGUAAUUCUGGAGCGGAGACGCCGACCACUGAGGCUCUUGAGGGACAGGAUAAGUUGAAUGGCCUGCGCUCUGGAAGCGAUUUGGUGGGCCUUCAGGAUAAUAGUAGGGGACCAGGGGCUUUGAAAUCACCAAUUGAAACGCGUGAAUCUGGUUUAGGUGAGGAAGGGAGGUCCGCUGCUAUUCGUGUUGAGGAACGCCGUGAUACGGUUCUGGACGCCCCGUCGCUAGAAGAGCCGGACAAACCUUGCCUUCCGGCCAAUUUACCAUCGCCCGAGCGGCCGAAAUCGAGCUCCAAAGGUACUCUAAAGGUACGGACCUCUGCUGCACUGGAAGCUGAGUUACGGCGACGAUUGUUGGAAAGUGGGUUGAGGAAAAGAAAAUCCUUUUCUGAGCCGGAUGGACCUGUACCCCCGACCGCAGCGCUAGACGAGAACACCGAAAAACGCCGAAAGCUACAAGACCCCGGAGAUAAUUUACAGGCCAAGAAUGCACCUGCCGGUCCAGAUAAUCGUGCUCCAGAGCCUGAUUCUGUCGGCCCCGAUAAGGCGGCGGAACUGCGUCGAAGAUUACUAUUCGAGCGCAGUACGUAUGAAAAACAGAAAUCGUCUACGCAGAAGCCCGGGGCAGCCCCGCAAAAAUCACCAACCAAAGCUGUGAGGUCGCAAUCGCCGAUUAGCAUCUCCUCUGACGAUGACGACCAACAUACCUCUAAAUCCUUGUCCCAUCCUGUAUCACUUCCCCCGCGGCCUCCUCCUCGAAUUGGCUUUAGGCUAAGGAUCUCGGUUCCUUUCGCCGCCUCAGAAAGUGGAUACCUUGUUAUGCAGACAGAUGAGUUACCCUUGAGCACCACAUUGGCCAGCAUUAUCGAGUUAUUUGGUCCCGUGAAUGAUCGGGAUCACUUGUAUUUCCCGUAUUCGAAACCAAAGCCCUUUGAGAAUGUUGCGAAAUCUGAGGACGGUGAUGAGGAGAUACAGGAGGAAGAUUUCGGGCAAAGAUUCUAUCACGAACCCGAAGAAUCCGAGACAGAACCCCAAGGAGAAACCACUGGACAAUCGACCAAAACCCCAGCAAAAAAGCCAAACGAGACUACCCCUAGAUCAACGAAGAGUAGUUUGAAUGGUGGAGCACCUGAAUUUGUACCAGCCGAUAAGAAGGAAGGACCCGACGGGUCUAGGAAUUGGGCAGCAGGACGGAAGACCUUAGAGGAUGUUUGGACCGGAGGGAAGCAAGAAGUCGAAUGUGUACUGAUUCGGGCACGAGAAUUAGAUCAGCGCAGGCAGGGCCAGGACGCUGAAAUGUAUCCAGAUGGCGAGUAUUUUCAGCAGAAUGGAUGGGAGAGCGUGAGAGAUUUUCUACCGACAGGGAAACAAUCUGACGGAGAAUCCCAUGGGCAAUGGGGAUUUGGUGCAUCUGGGUUCCCCCCUGAUAACAUGAGUUACGGAUACUCAAACCAACAAUGGUCGGGGCCAUAUCUUGAUCCCAACAUGCCCAGUCCUUCGACACCUUGGUUCCAGCAGCAAAACUUCCCGCAGCAAUCGCCGGUAUUCCCUUCACCCCAGCAACCACAACCUGACUUUUCGCCAGAGGGGGGCAACGGUCCACAGGCCAUGCACUGGAUACCUGGGCAUACAGAUUACGCUACUGCAGGCUGGAUGUACGGUUUUAAUGGCACCGCUGACGCCCCAGUUCCGCAAGAGUCACCCCCUGCCGGUGACGGGGCACCAAUCCCUCCGGCUCCCGAAUCUCGUGGCGCACCCGGUAGCGCAAAGAAGCGCAUUAGGAGCAGUCGGAGAAAAAAGGAUAGAGGGAAACCCGGCCCGAUCAGUAGUCCGGGAGUAGCCAGGGCAGGUGGACCGUCACGCCCCGGUCACUGAACGGGUAUUUGUCCUUUUUUGAUACCUUUUCGAACCUUAAGUUUUGCCUCUACUUACGAAUCUUAGUUUCUGCCCCCUCUCUUCUUCCCCCCUUCCCCCUUCCCUCCUCCCGUUCUUCCUUUCGCCACCGGUUCAUUGCAAAGCUAAAUGGUAUAGUAUCAUGAUCUAAGAACAACGAUCGGGUAAACUGAUCAUUCUCCCGGCUUAUGCCUGAAUUUCUACGAUUUCUUCACCCUUCCUUCCACAUAGCGUGUAUUUCCUUCAUACACCUGAUAGCUCACCAUUUGUAACACCCUGCUUCGCAGCGGCUUCCAUUUGUUUCCUUCCACUUUGUCUCCUCUCUGGAGUGUCAAAAGCAACCUUGUUGGGCACAUUCUUCUUUGUUGGACUUGCUUUCCCAGUCUUUGCCAUUCAUGUUACACCGUUUCAAAUAUUAGCGGCAUUCGCGCAGGGUUUGUAGUGUAGACUUCUAUUGUUUCUCCCUUACAAUACAGAUAGUCUGGUCUAGUGGGCGGUGGGUUUGCGAAUUGAGAUCGUAUAGUACCCACCACAUCGUGCAAAUUGGUUCGAUAGGUGAUCUAUGUGCUUUUGCUUCCAUGCGAUAUUACUGUGCGAGCAGAGUACCGGUACCCCGCCUC